GUUCCUCCUCUUCUCUAACACACUCUGAUUCAGUGGAUCUAGUUGGCUAUACAGAAUCAAAACUCUGUGCUUCAACCAUCCACAGCGCAAAGAGCGGGAGAAACCAGUUUCCUUGGAGCCCAACCAGCGAGUGAAGACCAUGUCCAACAAUAUGGCAAAGAUCGCAGAGGCACGCAAGGCAGUGGAGCAGCUCAAACUGGAGGUCAAUAUCGACAGGAUGAAGGUAUCAAAGGCUGCUGCUGAUCUCUUGGCAUUCUGCGAGGCUCAUGCAAAGGAAGACCCCCUGGUGACAGCUGUGCCCUCCUCAGAAAACCCCUUCCGUGAGAAGAAGCUGUUCUGUGCCAUCCUGUAACCUGCCCACAACAUCAGCAUCUAUAUUAUUAUAUAUUCAUGUAUUUAUUCAAGGCAACUUACAGGUGUUACAGGGCAGUACAGGGUUACAUAAUCAACGUGUAGUAUACAGUAAGUACAAUAGUACAACUAAAAUACAAUAUGAACCAAGAUGCAACAAGUUAGGAUUACAACAAGUUAUAUCUACAAUGGCAUAUUAGUAGUGCAAGGAUAGUGCAUUAGAUGAAGGUCCAGCACUAGGUGUUUAGGUUGGGCAAGUUCAGUGCAUAGUAGGAUGGCUAGAUCAAGAGAUUUUUGCAUAUGUCAUAAUAUCACAUAUGCAAAAAUCAACCUAUAACUAUCUUCCAGUGUAUGGUAUUAUGUGUACAAAUUUCGUCCUGUGCAUGGAACAAAGGUCUCAAUUCUAAAGUUAAAAAAACGCUUUCUAUAUGUUUAGUAUUAGUUCCUUACUAUAAUAUUAGUUUUUGUGAUUUAUAAUGAGUUAAUACAGGGACUGUAGGGUGUGUCUUACUGUAACAGCCAUCGUUUGCCAUUGUUUGAGCUUGCCCAGGUUUGUAAAGAAGAUUGUGACCAGAAACAUACUUUCAAAAAAGCAAGGUUAAUAUUAAAGAAAAUCACUGAUAAUGCUCAGGGUAGCUGUAGAAGUGGAUGAAAGAAAAUCGCCACCAGGUGGCAGCCUAAGUCCCUUUCUCAAAUAAGAACUAGAUUUUUCAAUUACAAUUUGAUGCUGUAUUUCCCACGACAUUAAAGGCCUCAUGUGUGUUUGUCGUAUGGGAAUGGUUUCUAAUGAGCGGCAUUUAGAUUCUCUCAGAGAAUGCAAGUGAUAAGAAGCUGUCAGUGUUGACUGCGUACAUAUUGUUAUCAAUAUAUUCGAUAAACUCGGAUGAGACAUAAAACCGAGGUCCUAUUAGUGACGCAGCUGCAGCAGUUGUGAUGCACAGUUCACCCCCUAGUCUCCAAGUCGCUUUGGAUAAAAGCGUCUUCUAAAUUAUUAAUUCAUAAUUAUGGUUUUUCGAGGUUUUUCAUAAUUCUUACAUUUUAGAGAACCAAGUGUUUUAAAAGGUUGAACAAUUGACGUAAUCUUAUUUUUUAUAUAUAUUUUUUAUUUAUUUAUAUACCAGGCUUUUUGUAGUUUAAAUAGUUAUAAAUACGAAAAGAAACUAAAAUUCAACGACAAACGUUUCUUCAAAGACACCGAAAAAAAAUUCUACUCGAAACAUUUGUCAUUGAAUUUUAGUUUAUUUUACAAUUCUUGAUUCAGUACUAUUAAGUGCUCAGUAAUUGUGGAAAGUAUAAAUAUGCUAUCAAAGAAAUGCUAACUGGUUAGAUACAAACAAUACUUUCUAUAUUGUAGAUAUCUGUAUUUGUAUAUUAUUUUAAAACUAUAAAAUGCUACUUUUUUAUAAAUUGUUUUUUAAUAUUGUAUUGCUAGUAAUAUUUGUUGUUUAUUAUAUAACAAAAAACUAUUAUACUAAUUAACUUUGCAGAAUUAAUGUGUCAUUAUUUAGCGUUUACUUUAUUGUGGUGAUAAUUAAGCAAUUACUCCUAUAUAUUCUUCACAUUGCUGUAUGGUAACUUAAAAUUGUUGUAGCUUAUAGAAUAAUUCCAACAAUAAUACCUGUAAGUAACUAACAAACCUGGGGUCAAUUAUAAUUUUAAUUACAGCUGAAUGUUUUGCUGAAAUUACAAUUACAAUGCUGUUUUCUUCAAUUACAAAUAGUUACAAUUAUGCUGCAGUAAUUACGAUUACAUUUUUUAAAAAAGUUGCAUAAACUACCCACAUUAACAGACCCUCACAAUUCUCUGUGUAAAAAAGUGCUUCAUCAGUUUUGUUAAUGUCAUCGUCACCAUUUAAACAACAUCAGUGUUCAGUAUGCCAUUUAGAAAUGUAAAAAAAAUGUAUGUUGCUCACAUUAACCCAUUAAGUACUAUAUUUAUUUUUAAGAAUCAGAACACAAGCUGUAUGAAAUUGCAUAAAUACAUUCUAAAAUCAAUAUGCUACCAUUCUAAAAGUGACAGGCAUGUUUACCACAUCUAUUUUCAGCAUCCUAUUUUGAGAGCAUUGAAAUUUCAUGCUGGCUAUGAAACUCAGCACAUAGAAAAUGGAGCUUUAUCAUCACUGUGAGGAGGAAAACACCAAGACAUUCAUCAUUAGGCUUCAGUUUCUUAUUACAAAGCAGCCUGGCCUCAAAUGAGAACAAUGGCACUUUAUGGGUUAAACAACUGAUGUAAAGUAUGGAAAAAAUAAAUUACCUUAAAAUUAGCAAAAUUACUCAAGUGGGCUGAUUUUAGGAUUCAAUACAAAUGAACAAUAAGAAGGUGGCAACAGACAAGGUAAUUACUGCAGAUGUCCCCAUCUUAUUUUGUUAGCUACAGGCUUUACUCUAGGUUACGUAACAUGGUAUGGAUUUCUACAUUACAGACUAGGAACACAAUAGAAGCUCUGUGCUCACUGCCGACACAAUCACAUGAGUGUGCGUGUCAAACCGACACGCACACUCAGCUCAAAAGACUGUUCUAACAUCUCCAUUAAAAAGCUUUUUAAUUCGAGACCUCACUGUCACAGGCUCCAAAUACACUUGACCAUCAAUUACCAAAUGCAUAUCAUGCUGCUAUUAUUUGUACCUGAAUGGUUUUAUUGGCUAUUUUCUUUGUUCUCUGCUCCAUCUACUGUGAUCCAGACAACCACAAGGGCUGCAGGUGGUCCUCAAGACUUAAUGACAGCAAUUAGACAAAUCUAAUUCAAUACAUAUUGCAUGCACACAUGACAGCCAUGGUUAAAUAGUUUUGCCAAAAGUGUGCAAUACAAGUCUACGGAGCUUAUGCUAAGAUUAUACAAUGCCUGAGUUAGACCCCAUCUAGAAUACUGUGUGCCGUUUUGGUCACCUCACUACAAAAAAUACCUCAUUGCACUUGAGAAGGUACAGAGAAGGGCAACAAGGCUGAUCCCAGGACUCAAUGACAUGAGCUAGGAGGACAGUUUAAAAAAAAAAAAAUCAAUCUCUUCGGGCUGCAAAAGCAAAAGGAAAGAGUCUCAAUUGAAGUUUAUAAAAUGCUAAAGGGUAUUGAUAGAGUUAACCCAAGUCUCAAAUUUAGUGCAGAUAGUAGGAUGCGAUCAGUGGAAGUUGAGUAGGUUCAGAACAGAAGGUAAAAAAAGACGCUUUUUUCAGUUAUACAUCCAUGGAAAACAAUUUGAUUCAGUCUUAUUAAAUGUGAUACUUUAGCAUGGGCCAAUGUGACCACUGUAAUAGAAAAGUAUGAAAAUGCAAAUGUUUGGGGAUCAUUCAUCUAAUAAUUUUGUUUAUGUGGUCUCUCAUUUUUCAAUGAGACCAACUGCUUUAAAUGGAACCCAUGCAAUUGCCCUUUCCACUUUGUUAUGUAAAAAAAUAUGCAUUUUAUAUUCUAGUCACUAGAGGUCAGCAAAGACAGGCUCUGGAUUGGAGGGUUAAACACAUUCAUUUAUUAAUUCUAAUAUUCAAAAGUUACACACUUACAGCUUAUAACAAAUAGCUUAUUACACACAUAUAAGACACAACCAUGCAGCACCUAGUUAUAAACAGAAAUCAGACGGUGAUCAAUUACCUAAUGUUCUGGGAGAAAGCUCACGUACAGCGAUGGUCUGUCAUCAGGAGAAGAUUCAGGUAGCUUGUCUCACUCACACUAAUGAGUGCCUGUCUUAUAUAUCUUACCUAACUGUGCAUGUGUGUGAAGCUAAACUAUGAACUCUGUUUUCCUAACAAUAUCUAAAAACUAUCAAUGCUUUUUGCUUUUGUGACAUCACAAAAUGUCAUAAUCAGUUACAUGA